AUGGGGGACCUGUUUAUGCUGUGGGUGGCUGUGGGCAUGUGCUGUGCCACCUUCCAUGUCUCUGCCUGGUCAGUGAACAAUUUCCUGAUAACGGGUCCCAAGGCCUACCUAACCUACACCACCAGUGUGGCCUUGGGUGCUCAGAGUGGCAUCGAAGAAUGCAAGUUCCAGUUCGCUUGGGAGCGCUGGAACUGCCCUGAAAAUGCUCUCCAGCUCUCCACCCACAACAGACUGAGAGGCGCCACCAGAGAAACCUCCUUCAUUCACGCUGUCAGCUCGGCGGGAGUCAUGUACACCAUCACCAAGAACUGUAGCAUGGGCGACUUUGAAAACUGUGGCUGUGAUGAGUCAAAAAAUGGGAAAACCGGAGGCCAUGGCUGGAUCUGGGGAGGCUGCAGCGACAAUGUGGAAUUUGGGGAAAGGAUCUCCAAACUCUUUGUGGACAGUCUGGAGAAGGGGAAGGAUGCCAGAGCCCUGAUGAACCUUCACAACAACAGGGCCGGUAGGCUGGCGGUGAGAGCCACCAUGAAAAGGGCCUGCAAGUGCCAUGGCAUCUCCGGGAGCUGCAGCAUCCAGACGUGCUGGCUGCAGCUUGCUAGCUUCCGGGAGAUGGGAGACCACCUGAAGGCCAAGUAUAACCGGGCGCUAAAAAUUGAGCUGGAUAAGCGGCGACUAAGGGCUGGCAACAGUGCGGAGGGCCGCUGGGCUCCCGCUGAGGCCUUCCUUCCCAGCGCAGAGGCCGAGCUGAUCUUUUUAGAGGAAUCUCCAGACUACUGUACCCGCAAUGCCAGCCUGGGCAUCUAUGGCACGGAAGGCCGCGAGUGCCUUCAGGCCGGCCGCAACACGUCUCGGUGGGAGCAUCGCAGCUGCGGGCGUUUGUGCACCGAGUGCGGGCUGCACGUGGAAGGGAGGAGGACUGAGGCCGUGAGCAGCUGCCACUGCAAAUUCCACUGGUGCUGCACCGUCCGGUGCGAGCAGUGCCGGCGCGAGGUGACCAAGUACUACUGCGCACGCGCCCCGGCCAGCGGCAGGAGUCUAGGAAAGUUGUGGAUUCUCCUUCCCUCAUUUGCACUUCUGUACCUUCUAAUGGAUUUUCAGGAAGCUGCAGCAGUCUUGGCAGCCAAAGUGAAACCUGGAAGACUCUGUGCCUUCUGCUCCCUUGAGUGGCCUGCCUUCCAGACAGUCAUUUUUGGCCACCCCAGCCACCCGAAACAAGUAUCCUGUAUUGUGGCUUGGCGCUACCUCCUCUUUGAUCCCUCUUCCUGGUUAAAACCUCUGGUUCUUCCUACUAACAGGACCACCAUCCGCUUGCUCCUACCCAAGAGGAAUGAGAAGAAGAAUCGGCCUCCAGAAUCUCCUGGUGUCCUUUUGGAGAGCUCAUUAGAGGCCUAUAAAACUUACACCCCCCCUGGAUCCAGAGUCACCAGAAAAUCAGAUGGCAGCUAA